GUGCACUUGGACAGCAGAAAGCAGCAGGAUGAGGGCCUGUGUGCAGCUAGGGCUGUUGUUUCUCAGCGUGCUCAUUUCCAGUCUGUAUGGAGAAGAAAUUGAUCAAGAUAAUAGCAUGGAAGACCAAUUAACUUUUGACAUGGAGGAUUUUCACCAGUUUCAGGUUGCUGAAAAUGAACAGGAACAAAAUCUUCUGUCUCAUGAUUCUGACAUCUUCCCAGUGAACCUCCGUGUCAAGAGGAAUGACAAAGGCAAGAGACGCAAGGGAAAGAAGCGACGUCCAGGAGCUUUCGGCCCUAUAGCAUUGAUGCCGCCUCCUACUCCUGUUACGAGGCAGACUGACAAUACAAAGCAAAAACAGCCAGUCAACAAACGCAAAAAAAACAAACCAGGAAUAUUUGGUUUGUUAGGACGAGCAGCUACCCAGAGUCCGGCAUCAUCAGCAUAGAGAUAUGAUACUAUCUUUCGUAAAGAGUGUUUCAGGCUCAGGUUUUGCUUGGAAAAAAAUAAUUUCCACUAUUAUUUCUUAUUCUUUUUUCCACUGCUUUCUUUUCAAAACAUAUUUUGUAAUAUCUAUGGAAAAUAAGAUUCCAUGUAUCCCAAGAGGCACCACUAAGAGGCAGUAUUUACCCAGAAAGAUGGUUGCUCAAGCAAGCAAACGUAUAUAUAUAUAGAUGUUUAAUUUGUAUCUGCU